AUGCAACCUCAAAAUCCAAAUACACAACGGCCUGAAAAUCAUCCUUACAUGCCAUAUGGCUAUCAAAAUCCUAAUAUGAUGCCACCAAUUUAUGGAAUGCAAUACCCGUAUAAUCAUCCUUAUAUGCCAUAUGGCUAUCAACCAGUUCCUGGAAACAGCUCUCUUCCAUCUCAUGUCAAUUUUCCAAACAUUGAACCGACUAGUGAGCCAAACACACCUCGCUUUAGUAGUGGAUCCACUGAUAUCCCACAAUUUUCUACACAAAUCUCUCUGGGAGAACUUGGUGGGGAUACUCCCCACAGUUUUGAAGCUCCAACCCAACAAUCAGCGAAGAAAGGAAAUUACGCCAGUUGGACUUUUGAAGAGAACAAGUUGUUAUUAACUGGUUAUUUCCACUACAGUACUGACAGUGAAUUGGGUUCAAAUCAAAAGGGUGAUACUUUUUGGGGCAAAAUCUCUGAUUACGUGAAUGAGAACUCCGAUCGUGGGAUACAGAGGAACAUUGUAAAAUGUCAAAGUCAUUUUCGUGACCUCAACAAGAAGAUUAGUAACUUUGUUGGUUGUUAUAGUGCUGCUACUAGGGAGAGACGUAGUGGUUGGUCAGACAAUGACUACAUAUCCAAAGGUCUAGAGUUGUACAGUGAAAACCAAGGUAGGGAUGCAACAAAGAAGAAAGCUAGAGCUUCAUCUAGUAAAUCAUCAACUUCAAGAAAAUCAAAGGUUACCAUUCAGGAAGAGUUGUCCGAUUUAGCAUCUCGUCGUGACGCUAAUGAACAAUACAGGGCGACUCAAGUCUCAGCUAUCCAGGAGUACAAUCGCAAUAAGAAGUUAGAGAUGUGGUUGAGCUUGAAGAACAAAGAGGCCCGAGAUGAUGAAGAUGAAGCGGCGUAUACUAGGGAUCAUGGAGCUGCCCAUCAAAGGCUCAUGGCCGACUACUUCGACGAGUCAUGCACUUACUCCGACAUGCAGUUUCGCCGAAGAUAUCGAAUGAAAAGGUCAUUGUUUCUACGAAUUGUAGACGCAUUAUCAAAUUAUGACAACUACUUCACUCUAAGGCGUGAUAAUUCAAAAAAUUUGGGCUUGUCACCUAUCCAAAAGUGUACAGCUGCCAUCCGCAUGCUUGCAUACGGAGUCGCCGCAGAGGCAUGUGAUGAGUAUGUGAAGAUUGGAGAAUCCACCACAAUUGAGUGCACUCGUAAUUUUUGCGAUGGGGUAAUUGCUUUGUUUCAAGAUGAAUACUUAAGACGUCCAAAUGUGGAAGACGUGCAGAGGUUACUCCAAGUUGGUCAGGAGCGUGGUUUCCCCGGAAUGAUUGGAAGUAUCGACUGCAUGCACUGGCAAUGGAAGAAUUGUCCUAAUGCUUGGCAAGGUACAUUGAACGACAUUAAUGUACUAGAUAGGUCACCGGUAUUUGACGAUAUUGAGUCAGGUGAAGCCCCGGAGGUGAAUUUCAUUGUCAAUAGGCGACAAUACAAUCGUGCUUACUAUCUUGCAGAUGGAAUAUAUCCGAAAUGGCCUGUCUUUGUCCAAUCAAUUCAAUUGCCCCAAGGCAACAAAGCGCAGUUGUUUGCCAAACAACAAGAAUCAUAUAGGAUGGAUGUGGAACGCGCAUUUGGGGUUCUCCAAGCACGAUUUGCUAUUAUUCGCCAGCCCGCUAGAAUGUGGGACAUUGAGGUCUUAGGUAAAAUAAUGAGGGCUUGCAUUAUUUUACAUAACAUGAUAGUCGAGGAUGAACGAGAUACAUAUUUGCGAAACUGGGAAAAUAUUGACUUCGAACCAUCGAACAAUGCUAGUGCUAGCUCUAGCUCCUCUUUCAAUGUCCAAACACAAGUGUUGCCACAAUUUGAAGUGCACGUUCAAGCCCGAGCCGAAUCGGAUAUUCAUACUAGAGCCGAUCUACGUGAUAGGGCCAAACACAUUCAGUUGAAAAAGGAUCUCGUCGAGCACAUUUGGCAAAAAUUUGGAGCAACCUUCGAAUAGAAAUGUCAAAAACUUUCAAUGUUUGGUGUGUUUUUUCUUGCAUGUUUCAAUAAACUAUGUAUGUUUGGUGUGUUUUUUCUUGUACGUUUUCAAUAAAUUAUGUAUGUUUGGUUUACCACUACAUUAAUA